UAAACCUCUCAUUGGUAAGCUCGUCUGGUCAAUGAUAUCGCAGUCAAAGAUGAGAGCAAGCAUUAAGUCCUUUGGAGGGAUUUCCUUUGUAUAUAAAAUCAAGACAUUCGCUCCAACUGUGAAUAUUCGCAAACAUCAGCUCCUCGCAACAAGAACAACAGCCUUCAUUCAAAUCUCUGAUACUGUCUCGUAAGAAUCAGCUCGUCUCAUUCAAAACAAUAAUUUCAAAUCAUCUCUCACGACUCUUUUGCACUUAUCCUUCGGUCAAAUACCAAUUCAUAACACCAGAACCAAAACACCUUACUUUGUGCAUUUCAGACCCUUACCAGGCAGUUCACCAUGCACUUUCCAUCUAUCCUCAGCACCCUUUUCCUCGUCACCGGCACUCACGCCGGGUGCUAUGGUGGCGACCUCUGGUUCAAUGGCCUCCACGGCGGCGACAUGACCACCAGCGACCUGUCUGCUGAAGUCCGCGCCGACAUCAACUCCCGAUGUAUGGAAGUCUCAGGACGCACUAUCUCCAAAGAAAACCCCUUUUGGAAGUGCACUGAAUGGGCCAAAACUGCCAACCCCACUGAAGGCUGCUUCGACAAAUGUCUGGACAAAUGCGAGCCCGCUCCAGGUGACAGCGGGAUAGAUGCUGCACUUUGUGCCACGCAUUGUGAUAAGGGUUGUGAUAAGGGGCCGCCAGUAGGGGAGGUUAACCAUAUUGAUUGGGCAAUUGAAGUGAGGGGUGGUGAUGGCGCAAAGGAGAUUAGCUACGAAACGUGUAAUUAUUGUUCAAUUGGGAGCUGGGUGGAUGUCAACAAGGAAGCGAGAGCUCGCACGAUGGGUUCUGGUUUCGAAUUGAUCCUGGAUAUGGCAAGUGUAGCUAGAGUCACCCCAAUUCCUAGGCUUUACACUGUUUGAAGUAGAAGAUAGAUGUAUAUAAAAUUUAUAAAAUGAAUAGAAGGCAUUACUUUGUAUUUGUA